UCACACAUCUUUCCUCUAAGCACAAUGGGUAUGUUAGGCCUGAAGAAAAGCAAAAGAGGCAAUACUUCUCUGAAGUCUACACCUUGUAUAAUCCUUCAUGUAGGCAUGAAAAGGAAGCUUCUGAGAGCUGUGUAAUCUCCCUUCUCAGCUGUUUUACAGAAUGCUCACUCAUUCACUGCAGGGUCACAUUCAGAUGUGCCUUCAGAUAAACUCCAACUGUAAAUGUAAGCGUUUUUGUUCACUCAUUCCUUUUUUUUUUUUCCAUCUCCCUGAUUCCCAUUACUCACUUCUGCCUAUUUUUUUUUCCUAUUGCACAGAGACAAUAACAGGCUUCACUGGAACGACUACAGUUUGUUGGAAAGUAUCUACCAAAGAAGACUGGGCAGACGAAGGGGGACAGAUAGAUCGACAUUAUGGCAUCAUCAGGUCUACAGCUACUUGCUUUUAUUCUAGCCUUAUCUGGCAUUUCUGGAAUAAUCACAGCCACACUAUUGCCAAACUGGAAGGUAAAUGCAAAUGUGGGCUCAAAUAUCAUAACAGCUAUUAUUCAACUUCAAGGGCUGUGGAUGGAUUGCACAUGGUACAGCACCGGGAUGUUCAGCUGCACACUGAAAUACUCAAUCCUAGCUCUUCCCGUCUAUGUGCAGGCUGCACGGACCACCAUGGUACUGUCUUGCAUACUUUCAGCCUUGGGGAUUUGCAUUUCCACAGUGGGCAUGAAAUGUACCCGGUUAGGAGGAGACAAAGAAACCAAAAGCCGCACUACUUUUGCUGGAGGAAUCUGUUUUAUUCUUUCAGGCAUAUCUGGUUUAAUACCUACAUCAUGGUACACGAAAGAGAUCAUUGCAAAUUUUUGGGACCCGACAGUCCCAGAGCAGAAUAAGCAUGAACCUGGAGGAGCUAUCUACCUUGGAUUUGUUUCCACAGUGCUACUAUUUGUUGCAGGUGUGAUUUUCUGCACUUCCUGUUUAAAAAUGCAUCAAGAAGCCAGGUUCUAUCCUCCCAAGCAGCAGGGUAAUCUAACUACUCAGCCAGAGAACAACACAGGCUACAACCUGAAGGACUAUGUAUAA